AUGGCAAGUUUAGAUUCCAAAGGUGAAAUUGUUCCUAUACUAGAGCUUCCAAAUCCAGAGGAAACACAGCUACGGAAGGGUGAAAACGAACCGGUACGUUGCCGCUGACAUUUACAUUUGCUGACAAACACAGUGGAUGCUACGGUAACGGUUUGAUUGACGUCGCAGAAAAAUUUGAAUUUGGAGCAUGUUCAGUAUGAAUUGUUGAGGAUGUCGGCAGAGGUUCCUUCCUCUUCCCGACUUAUCUAGGAAGAUCGAAGGAGACUCUGUUCGCAGGGUAACACAGUUCUCCUACAGCCCAUUCCCAAAACCCCUACCCCUACCCGCUCGACAAGUCGAGUCCCUGGCCCAAGCACUCAGUUCGCUGUGACAACUAGCGAGGGGCGUACCAUUUGCCGUAGCUACAACUUCCCUCGGGGUUGCUCCUUUCCCAACUGCGUUUACGAACACGCUUGUAACCGACGCGUUCAGAGGGGUAGGACGUGCGGCCAAAGCCACCCAGGUCGUAGCCAUGCUAAUUCUCUCAAUACCCCACUGCCGGGAACGAGGGCCACCCCCCAGUGACUACCCCUGACAAAUUCGCUCCUUAAUCAGAGUUUAUGGUUAUCCGAAUUAGAGGGGGACGCAGAUAGUGCAUUUUUGAGCGAUGGCGUAUUAUUUGGUUUUAAGUUAACAGGCGUUGACACCACGUUUAAAGAAGUAGACAUGCCGAAUUAUAAAUCGGCCACUAACUCUGCUGUGAGGGACACAGCAGAGGAAACGAUUCGCGAUGAGAUCAGACAGGGAAACUAUGUUUUCUCGGCAACUAAACCGACGGUCGUAAGCGCCUUAGGAGCUAUUCAAAAGAGUCCCCCCCCCCCGGGUUCCCAAGCCGAAUUCGAUCUUUCACCGGUUGACACAGGCUGGGCACAUGAUGUUAAGCGCGGCUAUCAUGAAAUCAUAGUCUAUUUAAACAAGAACGAGAAGUCCGAAAACUACAGCAAAGCUGAUUUAAAACAACGCGUAUUGUUUUUUAUUACAAUAUUUCGGCUGGCCAUACCAGCCUUCUUCAGGUUUACAGAUGUUUCUGAACUUAUGUAGCAAUCACAAUAUUAUAUAGAUGGAGAAUGUCGCAAUAAAAGGGAGAGGCGGAAAUGACGUACAGCAUAAAAACUGGAAAGGAUAAAUACUAAGGAUAUGGAUUACAAUAAUUCGUCACGGCGGUUUUUGUAAUCCAUCCUUAGUAUUUAUCCUUUCCAGUUUUUGCGCUGUACGUCAUUUCCGCCUCUCCCUUUUAUUGCGACAUUCUCCAUCUAUAUAAUAUUCAGAUUGCUACAUAAGUUCAGUAACAUCUGUAAACCUCAAGAGGGUUGGUAUGGCCAGCCGAAAUAUUGUUAUAAAAAAACAAUACACGUUGUUUUAAAUCAGCUUUGCUGUAGUCUUCGGACUUCUCGUUCUUGUUUCUUUAUAUUUUGGCUGAUUUGAUCUCUUUUCUAGAGAUCCAACGUUUACAACUAGCAGGAACUUCGUCCACGGUUUUUGCAGUUAAUUUAAUAGUCUAUUUAGAUGAUUUUCUUGUUAUCGGAAGCACUUACCGCGAUUGCAACGAAAAAUAUGACGCACUUUUGGUGCUACUUCAGGAUUUGGGUUUCUCAAUAAGCUGGCGGAAGCUCGUUCCACCAACGCAAUGUCUCACGUUCUGGUAGGCAAAUUACAGCUGAUUUCAGUGCGGUGUAUACACCCUGAUUUUUAGACAUGAUUCGACGGUCAUGAUUCGACCGUCAUGAUUCGACCGAGAGGUUACCAAGCAGUAUAGUAUUUUACCUUGAAUAUCCUACAGGAAUCAAAGCAUACAAUCUGAAAGUUACUUUGAUGAUAGCUUGAAUAUUUCUCUCGUAAUUCAGAUAAAGAGGACUGUGAUCCAUAAUUUGUUCUCCUUUUCCGGGAUAACAGCUUCUCAUACAGUCACGCAAUCUAAUCGCAAUACAUGUUAUCGGGCGUGUGGACGUCUCGAUCAAUAAGUUUUUCGGCUCUUUUCUGAACUUGUUUUGGGCUUUACCUUGAUCUUUAAGGAAAUAUCAUAUUUUACCCUUUUCCAAAAAAAAACAAAUUUUGCUUUCUUUUAUGUAUGGUUUUCUUUAUUUGUGCUUACUAGGGUCAUAGGUCGAGGAUCGAACAUUGUGAUAUUUUUCAACGGUCGACAAAACAAAACUUUCAAACCCUCCAGCAAAUUCUUUCACAACGGAAGACUGAUCAAUUUAUCUGUUGAUUUCUUCGGCAAAACGUCAAGGUUUCCUGUUAUUUUUUAACCAUGCAGAAGCUAAGUAAGGACGAAAAAGUACCAACUUGAAGAAAUACAAAUUUGCCUCCCUGUUAACUAAAUUUGCAUCACUGUUACAUGUAAAUUGCGGGUGGUAUUCACCAACGGCAAAACACCGAAACCUUGUCAUACGGAAGAAGACUAACGAUUAACCGUCGGACUAUUUCGCUUUUCGCUGUGUUGAUAAUAUUUCGUCCAUUAUGAAAUCGCCUACAGAAAUACAUUCCGACUCGGCAAUCGAACUCCAGGUUUAUCACCUGAUCAAAUGUUAUCAUAAUUUCUGUAUCAUGUCGCUGCUUUCCAAGCAACAAAGCUUUCCUCUUCAGGUAAAACGCAUUUGUCGGGAUUCUAGCUUCGUUACACUUAUGUCCUUUUGUGCUAAGCUUUCCAGCCAGAUUUUUCUCUCACUGUUUCGGAUCCCACGGCAGAACUCUCAGGGCGCGAUCCAUUCAACCAAAAUUUCCGGAAAUUUCGGUCCAAAACUCAAUGGAUCGGUUCGGUCCAACCGGAAAAGUUUCGAAAAAACAGGUCCACCUUUUGAGGUGGUCCUCUUUUCCCGGUCGGACCGGUCUGAAUUUUGGUUGAAUGGAUCGCGCCCUCAAUUAUUUUCGCGACCGUUUACGUACUGCGAAGCGAUACGUCAUGUGAUUAGUGUCGAAUCAUGACAGGUCGAAUCAUGACCGUCGAAUCAUGUCUGAAAAUCAGGGUGUAUACAUAGCAAUGAAAUCAGCUGUAAAUUGGGCUAAAUUGGGCUUGCCGGGUGGUGUACGGCGGGCGCACAUAAUUCAAUGGCAAGUACGGCCAAAUACUAGGCGCUUUCCAUUUAGUCAAAAUUUCCGGAAUUUCCGGUUCGGCGGUAAAUGGAACACGUUUCGUCGGUUCGUCCCACUGGAAAAUUCCCAGAAAAAGUGGAAAAUCUAAAAAGGUGGUCCCGUUUUCCCGGUUGGAAUUUCCGAACGGAAUGUGGUGUUCUAUUUACGUUUCUCGUAGUUUGUACCAGUUCCAGGUCCACGGUCGGGCACCGCCGCGUACCGGGGUUUACGACCAAAUGGAACAACUUGUUACCAAUCGGAAAUUCCACUUUUGCUACCACCGAAAUUUCCGGUUUUUUUCCUAAAUGGAAAGCGCCCACUGUCUCAAUCCUUUUACCGUGACCUACCGAGAAUGAUCAAUACAAGCAUUUGUCAAAUGUGUCAGAAAUGAUCGUAUUGAUCAUUCAGAUGUCAAUUUUGAACGGCCAUGCGCAUCAAUUGUACACGUAAUGGCAGAUGUCGUGAUUCAGCAUUAAUACGAAGCUGUUUCGUGAAUUGCAAUUAAUAUUGCGCAAAGAGACGGUGGAAGUUCAAAGAGAGUCGGAAAAAAACAAGAUCGAUCAAGGGUUCCCGCUGAAGCAGCGGAGUUUCUCGCUGCUUGUGAACAAAAGCGAAAGAAGCCAAAAAAUAGGACUGGCUCUGUUUUUUGGAAAAACCCGUCAACCGGUUUGAGAACUACUCACUCAAAGUAUCGCCCUAGAAAAGGCCAUAGAGCUUCGUCAGUUUAAUAUUCCUAAAGCAGGUAAAUAAUACUUGAAAUUCUUAAACAUUUUACUAUUAUAUUAGGUGGGCUAAUUUAGAUGGUUUGUAUCGGCUUUUUAAUAUAAAAACAGUGGAGCCAACAUUCCAGGAGAUGAAACGGAUCAUGCCUCUCAAGGUAGCUUAUACCCCGGGGGGGCACUUGGGUAUUUUUUGGGUGGUUAUGUGCCGCCCGGGACUCCAAAUUGGCACCCCGUUCCAAAAAAAAUUUCCCCUUAAAUUGAUACCCCGUUCUAGAAAGGGGCCAAUUUUUUAUACCCCGUUCUAGAAAUGGGCCAAUUUUUUAUACUCCGUUAUAGAGUGCAACAAGAGUGCAACAAUUUGCUUGUUAACGCAUUGAACCGUAUUUUUAAAAGCAAUCUGUCCUUAAAUAAUUUCAAAUGGCUGCUUACCAAACUGGAGCUUUCGUGCGUUCGAAAAAUUAUACCCCGUUCUAGAAAACGCCCCUGAAAUGGAUACCCCUUUCUAAAUCAGGAGCUUCAAAAUCACGACCCCAUUGGGCGGCACAUACCCGUAUAGGUAAUGUAUGGGAGUACCCCCCCCCCCCGGGUUUAUACAUAUUAUAGUCAAUCAGUUUUCUUUUUUCCGUUUCGUUCUAUGGCCAAGGUGUUAAAAGAUAAACGCAAUAUGUCCUGUUAAGUACGAAGAGUCCUUUUUUUCAGUCUGUGUUUGAUGAUCUUUGUGAACUAGGUUUCUUUGUUGGAAAGAUGGGACUAUUAAUUGUUCAUUAGCCCUCGAACAAAUUUUAAGAGUUUUUCUAUAGCAUGCUUGCUGAUAUACAUAGUAAAAGCUGGACAUACUUAACCAACAGGCUGUCAUUGUGCUUUGACAUUGCUGAGAAAAUGGAUUAAUUGCAUUGUUGUGUUUCCGAAGUUACCCAUUUACACAUAAUUAUUAGUUUUUUUCCUAGCAAUUAUGCUUUGUAUGUUGCUGGUUCUUUAAGGAGGCAAUGUAAAGCCAAUCCUAAGUGGGUAAGAGUGGCUUGAUUUGCCUGCACACAAUUUUUUUCCCCACAAGGAAAAAGUCCCCUUCAUUCGUGUUUUCUGUCAUGGCCCCUACAGAUGCCAAAAAAAAUAAUUUGGUUACAUAACCUUCCAUCUUUCCCUCCUCCUUUGUCAACAGAAUGCAUAUAUGUUUCUAAAAUGGAAGUUAGGAGUAAUACAGUCAACUCUCUCUUAACAGACACCUCUAUAAGAUGGACACCCUUUUUAGAAUGGACACCUAAAGUGUGUGCCUGCCUUUCUUUACUCCCUUUAUUUACUCUCCAUAAGACGGACAUCUCUGUAAGACAGACACUUGGUGGUCCCAAAGGUGUCGGUCAUAGAGGUAGUUGUCCAGGCAUAUUGUUCUGCUCAGCCUUAAUUUUGUACCCAAAUCUCCUGUUCACCAAGCUGAAGGCAAGAUCUGCUCAAAUCCAAUUUGUACACGUGAUCGCCUGAAAUCCUCAAUUUUAGAUGUUUUUAACAACAAAUUUGAUAAAGCUGUGAAGUUUUCUCUAACAAAACAUGUUUAUAGCCUUUUUUUAUGAUUCAACCAACUAAUGUUAUUAUGUUAUGUAUGGAAAACUGUUGGUCCAUUUCAUUAGGUUAUUCUUUUUAAAAAAAGAAAUGUUUAUUUAAUUUAAUUCAUGUUUUGUUGCUUUUUCUAGACGUAAGUCAAAUUUUGAGUGAAUGCACUGCCUUAUUCACUCAAUCUCUUCCAUCAACACAGUGGAAUGAGAGGAUAUCAAAUGUAGGUCAAUCUUGGGUAAGAGUGCCCCCCAAAACAUGAGGGCAGUUCUGGAGAAGCCGUGUGUGUAUGGUGUGUAUGGAUGAGGCCCAAGGCCUUGUUAAGAGUAUUCAUUGUGGAAUGAAGAUCCUGUGCACACAAUGUGAUGAUGAGGAGCAUAGGAAAAAUCUUCUUCAUGAUAGAGAAAUAUUCCAUGAUGGCUUUUUUAAACCGGUGUCACCCAAUGUUUUACUGGGCAGCAAUGGUGACUUAAUUACAGUGGGUACGUGUUGUUUUCUCAUUUUUUUAACAACAGUUGAACCUGCUGAGUCAUAAGUGAUCACCCAAAAUGUGAAGAGUUAGUGACUGCUUGCAGAUGCCACAUGGAAUCGCUUACUGGGUCAAACACACAGAAUUAUUUUGUCAAGGGCCAAUAUCAUAAGUUAUUUCUGAGUUCUUGAUUUUUAUGGCUCAUGGAUGUGAUUGGUUCUUUUUGGUGUCCUUUUACGUACUCUUUUGUUUAUUUGCAGCAAGGCAUUUUACAAGCAAUAUGCUAUUUUUUUGCCCCAGCUGUACAUGUACAGGUGAACCCAUGUUAACGUGUGAAAAUUGCAUAGUGGUGACUUCCGUGGGUUAGUUUAUUAAAUUUGUUAUGUUUUGUUGUAAGUUGUUUAGGUUUUAGCCACAAGGGUGUCCUGCCAUCCUGACCCAUGCAUGGGUGCCCAUUUUUGGAAGAAAUACAAGAAAAAUGUACUUAAUCUCAGAAAAUUUUAUAGGAAAACAUGCCCUCUGGAUGGCCAGUAUUCAAUGUCGGGCUAAAAAUCUGGUUUUUGUUGCUGUGAUUCCAAAAAGUACAAGUAAAAACCAUUUUCCCCAGCUUAUCAUCUUUUUUAAAAUUUCUUUUAUAUGAUAAAUGAAGACUUUUUUCCUUUUGGUAUUUUUUAUCUACAGGGAGAUAUGAUGUAAAUUUCUGCAUCUUUCACUGUAAUUAGGAUUGCAAAAAUGUCUUCUCACCUCUGGAUUCCUCCAAUCUAAUUCAGGCAGGCUAUUGGCCAGGCUCAAUUUCCAAUACUAAAUAUGUUUUUCUCAAGACCUGUUUUUUUAGUGGAAUCUAUUACAGAAAAGACUUCCAGGAUCAUCUGAAAGUGGUUUUUUAAGAUCUCUGGAGUAUUUCUCUGUUAUUAGAGGAAGGGUAAGCUCAUUUUACAAUGCUUACUGAAUAAGCAAUGGAUAAAUUUACAACCUUGAACUUUCUCUGCCUUAAGUUUCUGUUCUUUUGUUUAAUGGCCUCUACAGCAGAAGUGAUUCCCGUUCAAAACAGUUUCGAAGUAACUUACAACUCCGCACAUAAUAUUACUUCCUUUGUAUUACCUUUGGCAGUAGCUAAUUACCCUUGAUAAAGAUGUACCAAUGGUUCAUUCAUAUAUUUUUGGUUAAUAUGUAUUCAGCCUCCAUGUGUAUGUAUGUACAUGUUCAUGUAGAUGUUUUAUUCAUAAUUUCAGGUUGGUGUGAUAAAUGACACUGCAUUUAGCGUUGCCUUCAAAGAGUGGAAGUUCUGUCGCCAUGAGUUAGACGUCCUGCAAUCCAAGGAUUUCAUGGAGUGCCCAACUUGUGCCGUCUUCCAGCAUUCAGCUCAUGUUGAUGGGAAUGCUAAGCUUUAUCGAUACAAAUCAGCUGCGAGGUAACUGUUAUUGAAGAGGAGUGGCCAUCUGUUAAUAAUAUUUUUAUUGCUGCUGAUUUCAGACACAUAGUAUUCGUAGGUUGCAAAAAAUUAUUGUGGGACGAACUUCAGAUGGUGGGUGCUCUUUGGAGCCAUUUCCAAGAAAUUCAAAAGCUUUCCCCGGUGUGGCAUAAGGGAAAAUUGAAUUUCCCUUGGCAUGUUUGCAGUGGUAUAAAACCACUACAUCAUAAUCGCAGCCCUCAUGCAAACAAUCAGCCUAUAAUGCAAAGUUUAUAUUAAUAAUAAAGUUUUUUAAAACUUUAUUAUUAAAAUAUCAAAUAAUUCCAAUAAAAAACAAAAAAUAGAAACCUAAGUGAUAGCCGAAAAUACCAAUGAUUGAUAAAAGCAAACAUACAUACAUACAAACAUACUUGUAUUCUGGGUAGACUGUAUUUCGUAAAGCGCUCAAUUCAUUUAAUUGAAGAGCACACAUGCAUACAUACAUGGCCUUUAUUAAAGUGCCUAAUUGUUCUAGUGCCUCUUGGCACUAACUGGGGACACAACAAUAAUUUUAUUUUGUUCUUGCCACAAGUAUAUUUUGGCUUACUUCGCAGAGAGUUUUUGUUUAGAAAACAACACCUAUGUACAUAGUAUGGGUGCUUCUCGUGUGUCACAGACGUUUCUCCUAGGGAAACAUCCCCGGUGACAAUUCGAGCUAGGAGAAAUGGCUGUGUUCGCAGGCCUCUUAUUUUCUAAAAUCUAAAAAACAUUUUGUAACCUUGGCUAAAGAAGAUAACUAAGCAUUUAGGAUCCUCUUUGAAAAAAUAGGUGUCUUAUAACUGAAAUAUUAUUGCAAUGUAAGGGUACAUAGAUUUUGUAUAAGGAAUAAGUUUAAAUACCACCACAUACUCUCAGCUAAAAUGUAUUUUCUUUCCCUUCAGAAAAUGAGAACCUCUUUAACAACCUACAAUGUAAGUGCUGAUUACCGUUUAUGUAAGGACCUUUUUUGGCUAACUUAAUUGGGAAAAUACAGGUUAUUACUUGCUGGUUUUUAGUGUAUCUGUACAAUGUAAAUACCUACUCUGUAUUCAAGUUUCUCCCUCUCGUGUGUGGGGGAAAUCACUCCUCGCUUCUUCACCCUCUCCCAGUCCUUCUUUUUCUUUUCAAACGUAUAAUCACAUUCCCUGUUCCUGCACUUCUUCACAGCUACAGGGCAAUCUUCAUUACAAGCUGGGCAGCGCUUUUCCCAAAAAAAUAUUGGAAUAUGAUGAAAUGAAAAAGAAGAAAAAUAGCAAGUGCAAUAACAACAAAAAGAAUUACAGAAAUUACACAUAUUACUUGCAAACCUCGUUCAAUUGAUUUAUUGAUAUUUAAUGCCUUUUUACACAUAAACGAAAGGAAAAAACAUUACAUUACAUGAAAAAUACACGAAACUAAAAAUAAUCUCAAGAAGCCAUGAACACUUAUAGGUGAGACUUCCUCUUUACAUUAGUUUUUAUUAAUGACUUAUAUACUUUUAUAAAUAAAGAACAGCAUAUAAUAUUAAAGUAGUUUACAAGUGUAUAGAAAAUAUAAAGAAAAAGUUAAUCGUCAGUCUGAUAACUAGUAAUAAAUUACAGACCAUAUAUUGAGUAUUCUAUAAACUUAUUAAAUUUGAUUAAGUAAACGUUUACAGUGAUUUUACUUGACCUGUGAAAGAGAUAGUAACCAAACUAGUAAACAAUAGCAACAGAAAAACAAAAGAAGACAACGGAAUUAGUGCAUACGAGUGCUCAGUAUUGUACUACCUAUUUCAGGAGUCAAGUAAAAUAACUCUAAAGGUUCUUAUGUUGUUUGAUCUAAUUAUUGAGUGAGGCAAAGAGUUCUAAAAUUUCGGUCCCUGGUAUAAGAUUGUAAAUUUUUUUAUGUUUGUUCUGCAGGUAUGAGGACGAUAUGACUUGGCAUAUCCAGUAGAAUAAUCCUUGACUUUCAGUUUGAAAUAAAAUUUGAAAAGAGUGAGGUACCCAAGUUUUUGAAAAAUGUUUUUUUUGUUUUUUGUUUGUUUGUUUAUUUAUCUAUUUAUUUAUUUAUUUGGGUUUACUGGGAGCCCUGUAAUCUGCAGCACAGAUUGUUUGAACAAUUCUUUUCUGUAACAAGUAGAUUCUAGUGAUAAUGUUUGUAGGAUAUGUAGAACUCUAUACUAUGUUGCAAUAUGUGAGAUAUGGAUACACUAAAAAAAAAAAAACCAAAAAACAAAAAAAGAAGCGAUUUUUUAGUUACAUAGGACCUUGCGACAACAUUCUUCUGUUUUUUGAAAUUUUUGUACCGACAAAUCUCGCUAUUGACAAAAGAGUUAACAACAUGCACUAAAAAAAAAAUAAACAAAAAAAGACCAAAAAGAGAGGUCAAGAAUAGAGGAUGGCCACCACUUUCAAUAAGGCCAUCCCCCUUUUUUUUUUCAUUUAGCGUCGAAUGCGUUUUCUGAUAUUGGGUUCGUCGGUCGGAUUAAAAAAAAAAAAAAAUUUCACAAGAAGUCUUGGAGGCCCUGGUACCCCAGGGUAAUGUUAAAGGUUAACAUUCACAUAUUUGGAUUGACAAAAUGCACAAUAUACUGUAAAAAAUGCCCGUUUUUGUUCCUGUUUUUCUCUGUGCUGUUACUAUGCUCAUUUUUCAGACCAAAAGAAUUAUUUGAAAUGAAAAAUGGUGUAACUACGUCGAAUCGUUACUUUUUUUUUUUUGGAAAAUGCCAAAAAUUUGGGUCGGUCGGACGAUGCUAAACGGAGAAAAAAAGGGUGGCCUAAGCGUAAUGAUAAAAAACAUUAAUGAAUAACAAAUAAUAUCAAUACAGUUUGAAUAUCUGAGGUAAAUGACUGACUCCUAUAUAUUGUGACUACCAUAUUUUGCUAUUGUUGUGGCAGGCUAACCCAAUAGGUAGAGCACCUGACUACAAAGAAGGUUGCAGACCAGAUUGCCAUGGCUGGAAAAGUAUUUGGGGUCUCACAAUAACUGAGAAAUGA